UCUAACGCGCAGCAUUGUUGCUGGAAUGUUUACCUCGCAUGUCGAAUAUUGGCAUUGAAAACAUAUCACCGAUUAUAGUCUUGAAUCUUGUAUCAAUUGCUUACCUACAAUACCGUUCGAAGAUGCAGUAUGGCCACCCAUUCCUACGGCGAUCGACCUCCACUACAAGGGUUUCGGAGGUCCUUCACUUUACCUGCGCGACAGUUGUCCGUACAUGAGAGAGCAGGUCUCGACAGAUCAGAUGCUGACGCCAAUGUCUUGUUUUCCCAUCCCUCGGCGCGCAUCAUUGCCUUCUCGCCGCCCAAGGAAUCAAUCCCUGCGCAAAACAAAGAUAUUCCACCCGACACUGAUUAUCCGGUCGAUACAAUAGAAACAUUGCCAUGGAGGUCGAGAACCGAAACCUUAGCUGCGACUGGGCAGAUCAUGAUCGAGAAAGUUCGUGGCUCCAGCAAUUUCCUGAAAUCUGCGGAUCAGAAAGUCAUCCACACCAUCAUGCGCAACUCGCAAUGUUGGUGUGUUGAUGGUGAAUCUAAAUUCGUUUUAAGAACUGGGAAAUUCCGCUAUUAUCGAAUAGAACUGCCCUCAGAAACACAGGAGGACAAACAGAAGGUGGAAGAACUGAAGACUGUGCUGAGUAAAGUCCUCAGGUAUGAGAGGACGCCCUGCCCGUUCAAACGAGCUUUCCACGUCGAUCUUCCAGAGGACGCCAUUACACCUCGUCGGAAAGGUGUCUGGAAAAGGAGACCACCUUCGCAACCCACAAGUCCUUCAACAGAUCCAUUGCCUCUUCGCAGAUCGAAGACAUCAAGGGCAUGGAGCUUGCAAGGUCCUACAAGCUCGACACCCUUACAUACAUAUGGUCGUCGUGGAUCGGAUUAUGGUUAUUCAUUGUCUCGUGACACUUCCCCGAUCCCAUCUUUGGAAGGCGACAGGUGGCGUCCGAGUACACCAUCUAGUCUGGCAUCUAGUGAAAUGAUGAGCGACAGAGCACAUGAAGAAUCAUACAGUCAAGACGACGAAGGCCACAGCGACAACCCCUCGCCGAUGCCUGAGGAUCAUGUCUUGACCGCCGAAUCAGACUUGCAAAGCAAUUCGCGCUCUUCUAGCAAGUCUUCUAUAGAUAGACAGUCUGAUCAUGCCACCGAGGUCGAAUCGACAGCACUAAGGGACAUUGAUCACACAGAGUCGGAUAUCAUUUCACAGGCCCAUCCGGUAGAGAUUGCGGCGAAGGAAGACCCCUCGGCUAACAGCGUGACCACCGAUGUUCCUUCUAUAGCAGAAGAUGGACACACUGCGGGCGAUCAGUCUCACAAUGAAAAGACCGAGUCCUUCUCUCAUCGCCUGGAAGACAACUCUGACCAGACCGGAAGUACUAAGGAAGAGCCAGACUCUCAAGAAUUCUUGCAAGUGACAGAAGAGAGCGUUGUGCCAGAGGAAGAAAGUUCUCCUGAACAAUUAUCACCGCCGGCUGACCCCGCCCCUGCGUCCGCUCAAGCAGAGAUCUCCUCGGCGUCAUCCAUCGAUGAAUAUGCUUCAGAAAGCCAACCCGCGAGCGAUAUUGCCAACUCCGACCCAAUAUCUACACAAAAUGAUUCGCAAAAAGAAAAGGUGUCAAUUGAAGCCAAGCAAUCACUUCUCGAUUUGAAUGCAGUCGAUGAAGCCGAGGAACCAUCAAAAGAUGACGAUGCAAGAAGCAGCGUUUCAAGCUUGGACUCGUUCCAUACAACGAACUCUUUGGCAGAAGACUUUUCAGAACAGUCCAUACGGGCAUUUGACACAGAAAAGACCCCCAAAGAUGAAAAAUUUGAUCCAUUUUCUCUAUCAAAACCACAACACAAACGGGGUGUUUCAGAGAUGACUAUCACAGCCUCCAAUGUUGACGCCCGCCAAUCCGCGGACGACUCUUCAGACAAGCCAUCAACGCCUGCAUUGGGGAGAUCGCCUACUUCAGAUUCAUCUUGGCCGGAGGUAUGUACCCCUGAGUCACCAGUGACUGCCGGUUUGAGACGACGACUUGAAAAGAAACGGUCGCUAUCUCCUCUCCCACCUUCUACAACAAUCUUCUCACCACCGUCGCCAACACAAGGGAACCAUUUUACUUCCGAGAUUCUCCACAAAGCCUGUAAUAUAGCCUUGGUCAAGCCUAUUGAAGCAGUUGUUCUCCUUGUCCAUAUACUUGCUAGGAUAGCUGGAGGUGCCACUGUCAGUGAUUUACUCAGUGGUGAUCUGUUUCGAAAACCAGAUCAACACCGGCGAAGGUCGAGUUUUCCGGAUCAAGUCAGCUCCAGGCAUCACGGCAGUGAUGACGAGGAUGAUUUCGGCAUCCCUAUCCGUCGACGAAGAAGUCUGAGCGAUAGUCCCAGAAUGUCGACAGCAAUAAGCAACGACAAUGAUACUGAUUCGAUGUUUGAUUUGGAUUGAGUUGCUACGCAAGUAAUAUAGCUACUCAUUUUGCAAUAUUGAAAAGGGUGUAUAUCAUCUAGCCAUCCAACCCUGUUUUUUGUCUUUGAGCAUGGUGUUUAUGGGAAGGAGUAAGACUUUACGAUAACAACAAUCCAAGUAUGGUGGAAAUUUAUUUUGCUAGCUAUGUAGGUAUACUCAGGCCAGAGAGAACAGAUUUGCAUAAAAC